GUGCUGCGGUAUCGCUUCGGUCACACUGCGAUACUGCUCGCUGCGGGUAUUAGCAAAAACACAGAGUAGAUAGAAACAAACAUGGUUUUAUAGCGCAAACCUCAUACAAUCGCACUGGACAUCUGGGAACUUGAUCCAUCGACCUGCCAGAGGAAAAGGCCCUCCCGUAAGGUUGUCCUAGGUAGCUAGGGAAACACCAUGGCAUAUGGCUGGAACGGAUGCGGAAUGGGCGUGCAGAUGAACGGGAUCAACGGCUCCAUAGGCUUAUCCUCAAAGUACUCCCGCAGCACAGAGCUGCGGCGCGUCGAGGACAACGAUAUGUACCGGCUUGCCAAAAUCCUAGAUGAGAACUCCUGCUGGCGUAAGCUGAUGUCCAUUAUACCCAAGGGCAUGGAUGUGCAAGCCUGCAGCGGAGCCGGAAGCUUAAAUUUUCCUGCGGAAAUCAAAAAAGGAUUUAAAUACACUGCGCAGGACAUGUUCCAGAUUGACGAGGCUGCAAACCGACUGCCGCCGGACCAGAGCAAGUCGCAAAUGAUGAUCGACGAGUGGAAGACCUCCGGCAAGCUCAACGAGCGGCCUACAGUGGGUGUGUUGCUCCAACUUCUGGUGCAGGCAGAGCUCUUCAGUGCGGCAGACUUUGUGGCCCUUGACUUCCUGAAUGAGUCCACCCCUGCUCGGCCGGUUGACGGUCCUGGUGCGCCCAUUAGCCUGGAGCUGCUGGAAGAGGAAAUGGAAGUGGACAACGAGGGAGUGAGCCUCAAAUACCAGUCAAGCACUGCCGCUCUUGGGGGAGGCGCUCAAGGUAGCGUUGGACUGAACCUGGACACCUAUGAAAAAGACAUGGUAAGGAGGGACAAGAGUGUGCCCCAGCCGUCUGGGGACGUCCCUCCCAUAGCUCCACCUCGACGACAGCCAAGGGGUACUACAAGCACCAGUUUGAUUGGGCCAGUAACCGUGCCGGCGUCCAUCCCGAAUGUGCCCAACCUGACAAUUCUCAAUCCCAGCGAACCAAUUCAGGAGCAAGUCCUGCAGUCACGACCGCUGAAUAUCCCAGAUCUGUCUAUACUCAUUGCAAGCUCUGGUGAUUCAGGGGAAACAUCAUCGGACAACACAAGCAACAAAGCCAGCUCAAGGGAUACGACAAACAUUCCGCGAAUCACUCUUUUAAUUGAUAAUUCUCGACCAAAUCACGCCGCAGCGAAAGCUCCAACGACGACCCCAAACAACUUGCCAAUGAUAAGCGCCUUGAAUAUAAGUAAUGACAGCGGGGAGACUUUACGUCCUGAGAGCAGAAGCAGUUCCAGCAGCUUGAGCAAAGAUGACGACGAUGAUAUCGAUGGUGAGGAGGAUGGAGAUGCCUUCCUGAGAAACCUGUGUAACUCAGAGCAGCAGAACUCAAACAAUGACUCUAGCUUGACAACGGUUACUGGCACCAGCGGUGAUAACAGCUUUGAGCUGACCAACGACUCCAGCUCCACCUCAAACGACGAUUACGCUUGCAACAUUCCAGACUUGAGUGAGCUGCAGCAAUAGGUAGAAGCACCGGCCGUCGGCGGAAAUGACAUUCCGUUCACCAAUUAAGCUUACGAUAAUUUAUACAACCCA